UAAUUUUUUUGGGGACAGGGUUGAAAGGGCAAACGUGAGAGGUGGUGCUGCCGCUCUGUUCGUAGGCCGCAGAGAAGUGUGCUGCUAACGCCAUGGAGGAAAUAGAAACGGAGGAGGACAAGCUUUUAAAAAGACACCGCAAAGAAAAGAAGGAAUUGCAGGCUAAAAUACAGGGAAUGAAAAACGCCAUCGCUAAAAAUGACAAGAGAAGAAGAAAACAACUGGUAGAAGAAGUAGCAAAAAUUGAGGCCGAGCUGGAACUAAGGCAUGAAGAGGAACUAAAGCAAUUCUCACUUGAUAAGUCUAAUAUGGUUGACUCUUCCACCAAUGGGAUUGCAAAUUUGGAAUUGGAAAUAAAUAACGAGAAAGAAGUUAAACAACUUCGGCUGUCCAAAGCACAGAAGAGAAGGGAGAAGAAAGCUGCUCAGGAGAAAGAAAGAGAAGAGAGAAUAGCUGAAGCUGAAGUUGAGAACUUGAAAGGAGCCCGGUAUCUUGAAAAUCAGAAACUUGCUGAAAUUCUUGCUUCAAGGAAAUUGCAGAUUAAGCAGAUCCCAUCUGAUGGUCACUGCAUGUACAAAGCUAUUGAAGACCAACUCAGCAACCAGAAUAGUCUACUAACACUUGUGGAGCUAAGGUCACUGGCAGCUGAAUACAUGAGAAGUCAUGUGGAUGAUUUCCUACCUUUUCUGACCAACUCUAAUACAGGCGAUAUGUAUACACCUGAUGAAUUUGAGAAGUACUGUCAUGAAGUAGCCAGUACAGCAGCAUGGGGCGGACAACUUGAGUUGAGGGCUUUAUCACAUGUUUUAAAAAUGCCCAUGGAGGUUAUACAAGCUGACUCUGCUCCAAUCACAGUAGGUGAAGAGUAUGGAAAGAAACCAAUAAUUCUAGUAUACAUGAGACACGCAUAUGGUUUGGGAGAACAUUAUAACUCUGUAGAACAAUUAAAAGACCCAGAUACGGAAGAUACAAGUUAAAUGCUACCAGUAUUUACAUUUUCUAUCAGUGUUUCAUUUUCAAAUGUACUUUUCCUGUGGAGCUGAAAAUUGUACUUUUGCACAGUUCAUAUAGAAAAUUUAUGAAUAAUGCAUAUCCCACUUGUUUUUCUUGGGUACAUUAUUUAAUUGUGAGAAGACCAAUAAAAGCCAAAUGGAGAUUGCAUGUGGCGAUAAGGAUUAAAUAUUUCAGUGAUCCUGCUAUUCAGUAUGUGCUGUGCAUAAUAAUGCUAAUAAAAUUAGCAGAAAAUAUGUUAGACUUCAUGUUUUGUGCCAUUGAAUUUUGAAACUGUGGAAAUUGCUUGUCCUUUUUUCUGAGAAUGGAUGGAAUGUAAUUCAAAUUAUGUCCAGUUCUGGUUGCCUCAUUAUAGGAAGGUAAUGGUAUAAUGAGGAGCGGUGGCGGGGUGGCAUUUAAAGUUAAAUGUGUAAAGAAUAAAACAGCAGCCGGCGCUAAUGAUAUGCACAGAUUUGGUAGACUAAAGGGACUGUUACAUGCUUAUAUAAUACUAUAACUUAAAACUGAUUGAAAGCUGUAAUGAAAAGGAAAACCAAUUGGUUUUAAAUGAGUAAGCACCACAGAUAGAAAGGAAAUCUUAGAAAAUUUUCCUGAGGGUGACACAGUAGUGUAGCAGUUAGCAUAAUACUAUUACAGCACCAAUGACCUACAUUCAAUUCUGUUGCUAUCUGUAAGGAGUUUGUAUGUUCUCCCCGUGACCUCGUAGAUUUUUUUCUGGGUGCUCUGGUUUUCUCCCACAUUCCAAAGAUGCAUAUUAGUAGGUUAAUUGGUCACGUGGGUGUAAUUGAGUGACACGGGUUCGUUGGGAUGUUACUGAGCUGUAUCUCUUAAUUAAAUUAAAAAAUGGUGAAUAAAAGACUGGAACCCUUUCAUCCUGUUAUUGUAUCUCACUGUUAUAAAUCUUUGUUUUCCCAGAUUCCAUUUGUAGCACAGUAGCUAAGUUACUGAUUAGUAUUAGCAAUCCAUUAGCAGAAUGGACUGCUGGAUACAAGAUAUCCUGGCAGUCUUACAAUUUAAAUUCAAAUAAUUUGACCACAAAUGGAAUUAAAAAGCUUGUAUCUCCUGUACCUAAAGUAGCCACUGGGUGUACCUUUUUGAUAUUCUGCCUUUGUAGCCCAUCCAUUUCAAGGUUUGAUAGGUUGUAUGUUCAGGGAUGUUCAUGCACACUGUUGUAACACAUGGUUAUUUGAGUUACUUGUUGCCUUCCUGUCAGCUUGAACCAUUCUGGUCAUUCUCCUUUGACCUUUCCCAUUGACAAGGUGGUUCCACCCACAACUGCCAGUCACUUUUUUUUGUUUCCCUCACCAUUCUCUGUAAACUCUAGAGAUUGUUGUGCAUGAAAAUCCCAGGAGAUCAGCAGUUUCAGGUAUUCAAACUGGUGUCUAUCUGGCAUCAACAAUUAUUCCAUAGUCAAAAUCACUUUGAUUACACUUCAGGACAUACACCGGUAAUGUUAAAGUUGAUUCUGAUUUUGCCAUUUCUUCCCCAUUCUGAGCAACAAGUGAAUCUCUUGACCAUGUCUGCAUACUUCUAUGCAUUGGGUUGCUGCCACAUGAUUGGCUAAUUAGAUAUUUUCAUUAAUGAGCAGGUGUACCUAAUAAAGUGGCCACUGAAUGUAAGUUUGUAACCAUGACAUUCCUAAAAAUUUGUGGAAAAAACCUGUCUGAACCUAGUGUCCUUGGGAGAAGAAAAAUCCUCUGAAACUACUCAGUUGAGAUGUGUCAUUUAGGGAUAGUAAAUAAAUGUCAACUUUGCAAACCAUGUCUAUAUCCCAUGAGCAAAUAAAAUGAAAUAGUCCUUCUACAGCAUAUUGCAUUUGACAAUUAUGUCCACAUUUGUAGUAUGGUCAAUAUUGUUCCAUAAAGAUAUGGAUAGGAAUAGUUGGGUAGGUGACAAAAGUGGUUAAAAAGGUAGAUUCUUGUAAAGCUUUUAUAGACUGGGAAAGAGUUGCUAAGUUGCAGAAAUGUAAUAUAGAGAUCUGUGAAGGGUUGGAUGAUGGAAGGACUUGGAUAACAUUGCAGGACUGAGAAGGAAUGGGUUGUUUUGGAAGCGGGUAAUGUGUUUUGUAGUGAAAUUCAAACUUAGAAAUAAAGGCAACUGGAAACGAGAAAGGAAUUGUUAUUUGUAUGUAAUUAUAUUUAUCACAGAACACAGUAUUUCACAAGAGGUUCUGUGGAUGCUGGAAAUCUUGAGCACGACAAAAC